AUGGGCCACCUUGAGGUGCUGCUCGUGGAGAAUUUCAAAUCAUGGCGGGGCCACCAGAUCAUCGGCCCCUUCAAGAGGUUUACCUGUAUCAUCGGCCCCAACGGCUCUGGAAAAUCUAAUGUAAUGGAUGCACUUAGUUUUGUAAUGGGAGAAAAAAUAGCUAAUUUAAGAGUGAAAAAUAUUCAAGAACUUAUUCAUGGAGCACAUAUUGGAAAACCUGUUUCUUCUUCUGCAAGUGUAAAAAUUGUGUAUGUGGAGGACAGUGGAGAAGAGAAAACAUUUGCAAGAAUCAUUCGAGGGGGAUGCUCAGAAUUUCAUUUUGGUGAUAACCCUGUGACCCGUGCUGUCUACUUAGCAGAGUUGGAGAAGAUAGGUAUAAUAGUCAAAGCAAGAAACUGUCUAGUUUUUCAAGGAACCGUAGAGUCAAUUUCAAUGAAAAAACCCAAAGAAAGAACCCAGUUUUUUGAAGAAAUCAGCACUUCAGGAGAGCUGAUAGGAGAAUAUGAGGAAAAGAAAAAAAAGUUACAGAAAGCUGAUGAGGACGCACAGUUUAAUUUUAAUAAGAAAAAGAACGUAGCUGCGGAGCGCAAACAUGCGAAAUUAGAGAAGGAAGAGGCAGAACGUUACCAAAGUCUCCUCGAAGAACUGAAAAUAAACAAGAUACAACUGCAGCUUUUCCAACUGUAUUAUAAUGAGAAAAAAAUUCAUUUUUUGAACACUGAGUUAGAGCAUGUGAAUAGGGAGUUGGGUAUCACAAAAGAGUCACUUUCUCAUCAGGAAAAUACAGUUAAAGCCAAGAAAAAGGAACAUGGAGCACUAACUAGACAAAUGCAACAAACAGAAAAGGAGUUAAAAUCUCUUGAAGCACUGCUAAAUCAGAAGAGGCCUCAGUAUAUUAAAGCCAAAGAAAACACUUCUCACCACCUGAAGAAAUUGGAAGCAGCUAAGAAAUCAAUAAAGGACAUUGAAAAACAAUACUCUAAACAGGAAGAUGACAUAAAAGCCCUGGAAACGGAACUGGUUGACUUAGAUAGUGCAUGGAAAAGUUUUGAAAAGCAGGUUGAGGAAGAAAUCUUACAUAAAGGGAGAGAUAUUGAGCUGGAAGCAAGUCAGCUGGAUCGUUACAAAGAACUUAAAGAAAAAGUAAGAAAGAAAGUGGCCAUGAUGACCCAACAACUGGAGAAACUGCAGUGGGAGCAGAAGGCCGACGAAGACAGACUGGCAUUUGAGAGGAGGAGGCAUGGAGAAGUUCAGGGAAAUAUAAAACAAACAAAAGAACAAAUAGAAGACCAUACAAAGAGAAUCGAGAAGCUGGAGGAGUACACAAAGACAUGCAUUGACUGCUUAAAAGAGAAGCAGCAGCAAGAGGAAACUCUACGGAGUGAAAUCGAAAGAGCAAAAUCAAGAAUGUCUGAGGUUAAUGAAGAACUGAGUCUUAUUAGGAGCGAAUUGCAGACCGCUGGAAUUGACAGCCAUGAGGGAAGACGCCAGCAAAAGAGAGCAGAGAUCCUGGAGAACCUCAGAAGGCUGUACCCAGAGUCUGUGUUUGGAAGACUGCUCGACCUAUGCCAUCCUAUUCACAAGAAAUACCAGCUGGCUGUUACUAAGGUUUUUGGUCGGUACAUGGUUGCUAUUGUCGUAGCCUCGGAAAAAGUAGCGAAAGACUGUAUUCGAUUUCUGAAAGAGGAGCGAGCUGAACCGGAGACAUUCCUUGCUCUAGAUUACCUUGAUAUCAAGCCAAUCAAUGAGCGGUUGAGAGAGAUUAAAGGCUGCAAGAUGGUGAUCGACGUUAUAAAGACGCAGUUUCCUCAGCUGAAGAAAGUGAUUCAUUUUGUGUGUGGAAAUGGCCUCGUCUGUGAGACUGUGGAGGAAGCUCGGCACAUUGCGUUUGGCGGACCUGAAAGACGGAAGACAGUAGCUCUUGAUGGAACACUGUUUUUAAAGUCUGGGGUGAUCUCUGGAGGGUCAAGUGACUUAAAGUACAAGGCUAGAUCCUGGGAUGAGAAAGAGCUAACGAAUUUGAGAGACAGAAGGACCCAGCUAAUCCAAGAACUAAAGGAUUUAAUGAAGACACUUCGUAAGGAGACAGAUUUGAAACAAAUACAGACUCUAGUACAAGGAACUCACACACGCCUCAAAUACUCACAGAGUGAAGUGGAGCUGAUUACAAAGAAGACCCUUGCUGCUUUGCACAGGGUAGAGGAUGAUAUUUUCCAGCACUUCUGUGAAGAAAUUGGUGUAAAAAAUAUCCGUGAAUUUGAAAAUGAACAAGUUAAACGGCAACAGGAAAUUGAUCAAAAAAGAUUAGAAUUUGAGAAACAAAAAACACGGCUGAAUAUUCAACUCGAAUAUAGUCGCAAUCAUCUGAAGAAGAAACAGAGUAAGAUCGAUGUGUUGAAAGAAACUCUCCGGAAAGGAAGAGAAGACAUUGAUAAUCUGAAGAAGACUGAAGAAAACUGCUUGAAGGUCGUGGAGGAGCUCAUGGACAAGCGGCAGCAACUCAAGGACACGCUUGCCACUCAGAAUUCCAACACUGAGAGAGUCCAAGCUCAAAUGGAAGAAGAACGGAAGAAGCUUUUGGCUGUCGACAGGGAAGUGGGGAAACUGCAAAAGGAAGGCAUAAAAGUCCAGACCUCUCUGGAACAGAAACGUCUAGAGAAGCAUAACCUGCUGCUUGACUGCAAAGUUCAGGACAUCGAGAUCACUCUUCUGGCCGGGUCCCUGGAUGACAUCACCGAAGUGGAGGUAGUCCGGCAGGGAUUGUACGAGCAGUGUGCCCCAGACACUCAGCCCUCCAGGACGUUCAAUCCCGCUUUCCACUCCCGGAGAGACCCUGGGCCCCUGAUUGCUGAGCAUGAUGCCUGUGAACAAGCCUCUCACACUGACAUGACGCUGACGCUGACGCUGCUUAUGGCUGAUUCUGCUUUUGAGGCCAGCAGAAAGGAAGCCCGUGCAUGUAGGCAGGACUUUGAACAGGUGAAGAAAAGGAGAUAUGACCUCUUCAGCCAGUGUUUUGAGCAUGUGUCGAUCUCAAUCGAUCGAAUCUACAAGCAGCUUUGCAGAAACAACAGCGCUCAAGUGUCAAGUUACAUCCGCCAGCAGACGCAGGAGCAGUUUCAGAUGAUCAUCAUUUCCCUGAAAGAGGAGUUCUAUUCCAGAGCCGACGCGCUCAUCGGCAUCUAUCCCGAGCACGAGGGCUUCAUGUUCAGCCGGGUUCUGACCCUCGAUCUCUCUCAGUACCCAGACAAGGCCGAGAACGCAGCAGCAGACGGCGAGAGUCCCACGAGGGGCUGGGUGCCCUCCUGA